GGGAGGAGAGACAAAAGGAGGGAGGGACCGGGCCGAGGGUCAGCAACUGACCCUCCACCCAACCGCAAGGGCCGCAGCUGGGAACCUAGAGGGCCAUUAAGGCACCCCCAGCCCCGACAUCUCUCCAGACUCCCUUCAAGCCCUACCCAGGAUUGCUGUGGUUUUCCGCUGGCGCCUCUGGCCUCCACAGCCACGCCCCUCCCCCCCAACACGCUGCACUAAUGGCUCAGCCUGGGGCCCCAGGGACCUUCCCUGCCCCCCCCCAGACUGCUCUGCGGGCCCCCUUGCCCCCUCACUGCUGAAACCCAAUCCUCUGCGGCAGCCCUGGCUCUGCAGAGCAGCCUCCAGCAGAGCGGCCCCUGCCUCCCAAGUCGGCUGCGCCCUACCUGGCCUCUCCUGCCGAGCCCCCGGCCCUGCGCUGAGCCUAGUGGAGCCCCGGCUGGUUCCUUCGAGACAGCCGAGCCGAACCUGCCUGACCAGUGCCUUCCCGCUUCUUGGUUUGGGCCCCUCUCCCCACUCUCUCCUCCCCUCUCCUUCCCUGCAGUGACCCCUGCCCGGCCCCCCAAAUCCUCAGUCCCUCCCAGUCCUCGGACUGACCCUCUUUCCUCUCUCCAAGUCCCUGCAGCCUGAUCGCCAAUCCCCAGCCCUCUCAGUGUCCCCCACCCUGGACCUCAGCCAUGAAGCCCCAUCCUGGGCCAGAGGAGGCCCGGCGGCUAGCUUCGGACAUCCGCGUGUUCGCCAGCAGCUGCACGAUGCAUGGGCUGGGCCACGUCUUCGGCCCUGGGGGCCUGACGCCUCGCCGAGGGCUCUGGGCCGCAGCCGUGCUCCUGUCGCUGGCCGCCUUCCUCUACCAGGUGGCUGAGAGGGUGCGCUACUAUGGGGAGUUCCACCAUGAGACAGCCCUGGACGAGCGCGAAAGCCACCGGCUCACCUUCCCCGCCAUCACCCUGUGCAACAUCAACCCACUGCGCCGCUCGCGCCUCACGCCCAACGACCUGCACUGGGCCGGGCCCGCGCUGCUGGGCGUGGAGCCCGCUGAGCAUGCCGCCUUCCUGCGCGCCCUGGGCCGGCCCCCCGCGCCCCCCGGCUUCAUGCCCAGUCCCACCUUCGACAUGGCUCGACUGUACGCCAGGGCCGGACACGCCCUGGAGGAAAUGCUGCUGGAUUGCCGCUACAGAGGCUGGCCGUGCGGUCCCGAGAACUUCACCGUGAUCUUCACCCGGAUGGGUCAGUGCUACACCUUUAAUUCUGGCGCGGAUGGGGCAGAACUGCUCACCACUCCCAAGGGCGGCAUGGGCAACGGGCUGGAAAUCAUGCUGGAUGUGCAGCAGGAUGAGUAUCUGCCCGUGUGGAGGGACAUGGAGGAGACCCCAUUCGAGGUGGGGGUCCGAGUGCAGAUCCACAGCCAGGAGGAGCCGCCCACCAUCGACCAGCUGGGCUUCGGGGCAGCCCCCGGCUACCAGACCUUCGUGUCCUGCCAGCAACAGCGACUGAGCUUCCUGCCACCACCCUGGGGUGACUGCAGCUCCGCACCUCUGGACCCCGACUUUGAGCCGGAACCUUCUGGUCCCCUAGGUCCUCCCAGCCCCAGCCCAGGCCCCCAAGCCCCCUAUAGUCUGAUGGGGUGUCGCCUGGCCUGUGAGGCCCGCUAUGUGGCUCGAAAGUGUGGCUGCCGAAUGAUGCAUAUGCCAGGCGGGGCGCCAGUGUGCAGCCCCCAGCAAUACAAGGACUGCGCGGACCCGGCGCUGGACGCCAUGCUGCGGAAGGACGCGUGCACCUGCCCCAACCCCUGCGCCAGCACGCGCUACGCCAAGGAGCUCUCCAUGGUGCGGAUCCCGAGCCGCGCCGCCGCCCGCUACCUGGCCCGGAAACACAACCGCAGCGAGGCCUACAUCGUAGAGAACGUGCUCGUGCUGGACAUCUUCUUUGAGGCCCUCAACUAUGAGACCGUGGAGCAGAAAAAGGCCUAUGAAGUGUCAGAACUGCUCGGCGACAUUGGGGGCCAGAUGGGGCUGUUCAUCGGGGCCAGCCUGCUCACCAUCCUUGAGAUCCUGGACUACCUCUGUGAGGUGUUCCAAGACAGGGUCCUGGGAUACUUCUGGAACCGGAAGCACUCCCAAAGGCACUCUAGCACCAAUCUGCUUCAGGAAGGGCUGGGCAGCCAUGGAACCCAAGUUCCCCACCUCAGCCUGGGCGCCAGCGCAGUGGUCUGGGUCUCACCAGGCCCCCCACCCCUCCCUGUGCCGUCACCAAGACUCUGUCUGCCUCCCACCGCACCUGCUACCUCGUCACACGGCUCUAGACCUGGCAUCUGUGUCUUCCGGGCUGCACCUUGACAUCUUGGACGGGCCCAGCCUGCACAUGUCUCUGCCCUCUUCACCCCAAAUAAAGUUCUAGUGCAUCAGCCUCA